UAUGGCUGUAAUUUGUGAUUUGCUCAAUAAAGCAUGGACAUCAGUCACAUCACGACACAAUAUGAUGCUUCUUCUUUUUCUAGUGUUUAUGGAUAUGACUCAGUCUCAGGCAGCAGUCGCACUAUUGCCAAAUGGUGCAGUAUCUAUUUGUCAAAGAGAACUAAAAAUCACAUGUAAUGUAACUGGAUCUAUACUAGUAUGGACGUAUGGAAGAAGUAUAACCAGUUUUAGCAGUGUAGAUACUCAACCACAGUAUAUUGCACCGUUCAGUUUCAUAUUACAGUCUCAUGGUAACGGUACACUGGUGUCAGUUGCAAGUGUUAAUGUGUCUGCUUCAUUAAAUGGGAGUACCCUUGAGUGUAGGGAUACACUAAUCAUCACAGGUUCCAGUAUAAGGCAACAAAUCACCUUUAAUGUUAAAAAUUCAGUACGUAUCAGUUAUCUUCAUGUUGAUGCUGUAUCAUCAGAUACAUUAUUAAUAAUUUGGGCUGGAGCUGAUUGUAUACAAUCAUAUGAUGUAUUCAUUAAUGGAACUAAUGUUAAUACUACCAAUGGAAUGAGUCUAUUGUAUAAUACUGGAGGAGCUAUUGGCAGUAUUGAUGUAUUGGUUAAUAGUGUUGAUUAUUAUGGAAGAGCAGUGGGUAACUUAUCAACUCAAUAUCAAUUUAACAGUGAGUGAUUUAAUCAUAACAGUAUACUGCAUUUC